GGGUGAUAGUCAACAGCGGCCUUCUCAAUUUGGAGAAGCUUCGAAAAAUCCGUCUCUGUCCGCUUCAAAUUCAUUGCUGUAUACACGAUGAAUAUAUAUCUAUAGGUGGGUACACCUAACCUUUGUGUUGACCGUUGAGAGAUAAAAACCCAAAACCAUAUAGACUAGAGAGCGAGAUAGAGGAUCGAAGGAAUCAAACAGAGAAAUGGCGAGCUCAUCGGUGGCAUUGGAGGAUGUACCGUCCGUAGACAUGAUGACUGAACUUCUCCGCCGCAUGAAGUGCUCUUCCAAGCCCGACAAACGCCUCAUUCUCGUCGGUCCACCUGGAUCUGGAAAAGGAACCCAGUCACCAAUCAUCAAGGACGAGUACUGUUUGUGCCACUUGGCAACAGGUGAUAUGCUGAGAGCAGCUGUUGCGGCUAAAACUCCUCUUGGGAUUAAGGCUAAAGAAGCAAUGGAUAAGGGAGAACUUGUUUCUGACGACUUGGUUGUUGGGAUAAUCGACGAGGCAAUGAAGAAGCCCUCAUGUGAAAAGGGAUUCAUUCUUGAUGGUUUUCCGAGGACUGUGGUCCAGGCAGAAAAGCUUGAUGAGAUGCUUCAGAAGCAGGGAACUAAAAUUGAUAAGGUGCUCAACUUUGCAAUUGAUGAUGCUAUCUUGGAGGAAAGAAUUACUGGCCGUUGGAUCCACCCUUCAAGUGGUAGGUCUUACCACAUGAAAUUUGCACCUCCCAAAGUUCCUGGUGCUGACGAUGUUACUGGAGAGCCUUUAAUUCAGCGAAGGGACGACACUGCCGAAGUCCUCAAGUCAAGGUUGGAGGCAUUUCACGGGCAAACUAAACCGGUCGUAGAUUAUUAUGCCAAGAAGGGUGUCGUUGCACAGCUUCAUGCAGAGAAACCUCCAAAAGAGGUCACAAAUGAGGUUCAGAAGGUUCUGUCUUCCUAAGAUGGAUUCCAGUCUUUUUCAAACUCAAUAUUUUUAAAGCCAUUCCAAUGACCUUUGACUCAUCUGUAAUCCGAUACAUUGUCGGAUCGGCUGAUCUUUUAGUUUUUCCUUCCUAUCAUUUUUGUUUUCAACUGCGGAUCCUGUUCUUGAAGGACCAUUGAAAUUGUACCACAAUAAAAGUCUCCAAUCGAUGUGAGAAUUUUUGUAAUAAAAUUUGAAGAAUAAUUUUUAUGUGAGGUACUUGCCAACAAAAAAACUUUUAUAUGAGCUGUUAUUCCCUUAGUAAAUUGUGGUAGUUUGGUACAAUCUGUGUUGGUAUCGUU